AUGGACACAGACACCGGCCUCAAUCAUGUAAACAGCACCUCACAGCAUCAAGACACCGAGUUGUUCUCGUCUGAAGAGGACAGCAGCCUCUACUUCACCUACAGUGGAGGGCGCAAUGAGCUGGAGGUCAGCGACCUGCACUAUGAGGUGGACACAGCGGCUCAGAUCCCCUGGUAUGAGAGGUUAUCAGAGUUCAAGAUGCCGUGGGAGAUGAAAGGGAACAAGCAGACAGCCAUCAACAAGCUCAGCCUGCGAGUCCGCAGCGGACAGAUGCUGGCUGUCAUCGGCAGCUCAGGUUGUGGUAAAACAUCUUUGCUGGACAUAAUAACUUGUCGCGAUGAGGGCGGCACGAUGACGUCUGGUCAGGUUCUGAUUAACGGGAAGCCCAACACGCCGCAGCUGGUGAAGAAGAACAUCGCUCAUGUCCGGCAAGACGACCGGCUUCUUCCUCACCUCACUGUUCGCGAAACUCUCGUGUUUGUUGCCAAACUGAGGCUUCCCACCCACUUCACACAGGCUCAGAGGGACCAGAGGGUGGAUGAUGUCAUCGCAGAGCUGCGGCUGCGACAGUGUGCUCACACCAGGGUGGGAAACGACUUUGUGAGGGGUGUUUCUGGAGGAGAGAGGAGGAGAGUCAGUAUAGCUGUACAACUUCUCUGGAAUCCCGGUAUUUUGAUCUUGGACGAGCCCACGUCAGGUUUGGACAGCUUCACGGCCCACAACCUGGUGAUCACGCUGUCCCGCCUGGCCCGCGGAAACCGUCUGGUCCUGCUGUCGGUCCACCAGCCUCGGUCUGAUAUCUUCCAGCUAUUUGACCUCGUCGUCCUGCUGUCAUCGGGUUCUGCCGUUUACUGUGGCGCUGCUCAUGACAUGGUACCUUACUUCACCGCCCUGGGAUACCCCUGCCCACGAUACUGCAACCCCUCUGACUUCUAUGUUGAUCUGAUCAGUAUAGACCGGCGUAAUCCAGAGCAAGAGGCCAAGUGUUUGGAGCGGUCCACAGUUCUGGCUGAGCACUUCAUGGAAAAGGUCAGAGACACCGACGAUCACAUGUGGAAACCAGCUGGGACCAACACAGCACCCACACAGACUGAAAGCCCUCAGCAGCUGAUCAAAGUAAAAGGAGAGGAAGUAAUCGACAUUUCCAAGCAUAUAAACAGACUGCCUGGCCGACUACACCAAUUCACGACCCUCAUCAGACGUCACAUGUACAAUGACUUCAGGGACCUGGUCACCUUAUUGGUCCACGGCUUCGAGGCGCUCCUCAUGUCGCUGCUGGUCGGUUGUCUCUACUACGGGGCGGGACAAGAGCGUCUGACCAUUCAGGACACAGUCGCCCUCCUCUACAUGAUCGGAGCCCUCACCCCAUUCGCUGUGGUGCUGGAUGUCAUAGCUAAAUGUCACACAGAGAGAGCCAUGCUGUACCACGAGCUGGAGGACGGCAUGUACUCCGUCACCUCCUACUUCUUUGCCAAGGUCCUGGGGGAGUUACCAGAGCACUGCGUGUUCACUCUGGUGUACGGCCUGCCCAUCUAUUGGCUGGCCGGUCUCAACGAGGCUUCGGACCGUUUCCUGCUCAACUUCAUCCUGGUGUGGCUGAUGGUUUACUGCAGUCGAGCCAUGGCUCUGUUUGUAGCUGCCGCGCUGCCCACCCUGCAGACCUCGGCCUUCAUGGGCAACUCCUUUUUCACCGUCUUCUAUUUGACCGGAGGUUUCGUCAUCAGCAUAGAGAAUAUGUGGCUCGUGGCCUCGUGGUUCUCUCACGCCUCCUUCAUGCGUUGGGGUUUUGAGGGCAUGCUGCAGGUGCAGUUCAGAGGCAACAAGUACCCCGUUACCAUCCGAAACAUCACCAUCAAUGUCGACGGCAUACACGUGGUGGAGGCCAUGAACAUGAACCAGUACCCUUUGUACUCGUGCUAUCUGGUCCUGCUGGCAGUCUGUCUGGUCUUCAUGGCGCUCUAUUACUUGUCCCUAAAAUUCAUCAAACAGAAGUCCAGUCAGGACUGGUGAACACAUCUGGACCAGUUGCAAUAAUCAGACCAAAUGCACACAUCGGAGUCAGGUUUUUACUGUAGGAGGUGUUUUUGCAGCAGUCGAAGGAAGUAGUUUGGGUUCUAGUUCGACUGGUUCGACACUGAGCCAUGUUUUCCACUUUCAUUUUGCUGUUGUUAUUGGGAUGUUUUACAGUGACUAAAAGUGCUUAAUUCAGGGGAGAAAUUCACAAUAAUUUCAACAUCAGAAACUCUGCACUCUUUUUUAAAGGGACUGUAUGUAACUUUUUACACGUAUAAACGUUUUUUAAUAAUUUUUAUUGCCAAUGUGUGAACAAGUUGUAAACUAACAUAAAAAAUGUGACUUUCUGGGUUUCCUCUAUCAGCCUGAAGACUGCUUUUAAUGUGAAGAGCCUGGGACGUUUUUUCCGGGAAAAAUCCAACAGACGUGACAUCAUGCACACUCACGAGUGCCUUUAUUUUCAGCUCUUUCCAGCUAACAGUGUGCAACCGUAGCUAACGUUUGGUUAGAAAUGGAGUCCGCUAACGCCAAUAAACGACCAGCCCCCACCACAACUCAGACUCCAACACAAACUCCACGGAAGCACAAGAAAAGCAAAGUUAUAUCUAGUGAAGCCUGUUUCGCAAAACAGGAAUGGGACCGACGUGUGAGGGUGGGGGGGAACUAGUGCUGUGGGAGUGUGUGUGCAUGUGGGAGGUGAGAGGGCGCAGCAGCGAGUGUGUGAGAAAACGAGCGAGUAGCGUUGACUUGGCGGCCACAGGUGUCACUGUUAAUUUCUGAUUCUUACAUAAUGGUAAAGACACAUGAAAUAACUGUCCUGCUACGUCAGUAAAGCGUUUAAAGUCACCCUUCUUGAUGUAUGAAAUAAUAACUAAAAGUGUGUUAACAGUUUAAACAUGGGAAUCAUUAGAAUUUGGAUAAGAAAAAAAGUUUUGUUGAAGCACUUGUUGCAGUACCGCUGUCUGCUGCUGGGUGGCAGCAGAGCGCUGCACUAACAUCAAAGUUCAAAUGAAGGAUUUUCUUUUUCUCUCCCUCUCUUCUCCGUCUUGGCAAAUGAUUAGAGCGCCUCUGGCAGAUAUCCAUCUGCAGCUUUUGCUUGUUCCCUUUUCAAUCUUCUUUUUUUUUCUCUACAGCUUUAUCUUUUUUUUUUUGUAUAUGUAAGGUUAUUAAGCUUAACAAUGUGUGUGCCAGUAUAGGGAGCACUGGAAAAAAAAGCCUAGUAGAGAUUUAGUAAGUUACACUCAGAAAAAAAAGAGAGCUUGUACUCAUGUCCUCAUAGAUUGAAGAUUAUGUAAGCCGUGUGUUUUUGUACUGGUGCAAAAGCCUGAUAAAUAUUUCACUAGCGUGGUUUGAGUCCUAAUUACUAAAGUAUUAAAUCAAAUUGC